AUGGCCUGUAAGAUGAUUCCAGAUUUAGGCCACCACCUUCUGAAACGAGAAUUGCAACAGCGUCAAAGACUGGUACGCAAGUUAUCAGGAAAUGGACACGCAGUAGAGUCGAGGAAAGUAAGUUGUGGGAGUCACGAGAUUGACAUUCUUUUUGGUGAUGGAUGCGAUGGUAGCGGGAUAAACAAGGGGGAAGUGGUAGGAAUUAGUAGUGGAAUUAUGGAAGGAAGAAUUGUAAGUAUUGAAGACAUUAUUGCACAGGAAAGAGGUAGUUGUGGUAAAGAUUUAUCGUUGAACCUCUUGGCUACUCUACUUCUCUCUUGCACGGAAACCUCAUCUACCAUGAGUGGAGGCAUGACCCCAACAAAAGCAGUAAUCAUCGACUCUACAGGCUUAUUUCCUAUCCCUCUAUUAGCCUCUAUACUUCGUGCACGAAUAAUCACUGCCAAAGAAUCAGGCUCAUUCCAUAAUCUCGGCAUUUUAGAGUCUUCUGUCGAAGAUAGUGUUAGUAGCCGUAUCCUGAGUUGCCUGGGCAUGGUGAGCAUCUGUCGGGUUUUCGAUAUACAAGGAAUGUGGGAGGUCUUUGCAGAAGUAGGCUUUGUCGAUUCUGCACAAGAGACAUCAGCUUGUCAUGGAAGUCCGGGAAUCUCGGAAAACCAACAAAAUGUUGACUGCGAGAAAGCCGGGCUAAAAAGUUCCAGCUUGCCACGGACACCGCAUGAACGUGAUUUACUGUCAAACGAAUCAAAAGAAGGCCAUGAAGGAAUAGAAAUUCUCAUCAUAGAUAACAUGAAAACGCUGAUUUCUGAACUUAUGACACGCAAGGAAAAGUCUGAGGCACAUGACUGCUUAACGUUACUCUCUCGGUCGAUAUUCAAGUUUACGACGCAGAGAAACAUUUUGACCCUCAUACAUAAUACUACCGUAUCUCAUCAUACAGUCAAUCCCGAAACAUUCAACACUGUCUCCAUCUUCGCUUCGAAUCAGUUCAAACCAGCAUUCGGUCAAGUCUUUUCUCAGCUCUUGACAAUUCACCUAUUCCUUAGUUCCUUGCCACCUACUACCAAAAAUGACGAUCUAGAUGUUGAUGCCCAAAAAACUUUGAAUACUGGCCGCUUAAUAUUAGAAAUAUUGAAGGAUGAAGGUUGGAGCGCCGAGACGUCCAGAGGAGUAGGUUGGCGUGAAGGUUACUGGACAGCAUUUCAAGUUAAUGCUUGUGGCACGGGAUUCAAUACUAUAUUGAAUGCCCCAUCUGGCUCGCCCACAACAAUCGGAAUCCAAAAUGUGUAA